CGCACGGGCGCGUGUCCGCAGACAGGGGAGGGUCAUAACGGGGAGUGUCCCGGAGCACGAGCUUAAACAGCGGCUCUGCUCUCCGCCGCCUCGCCGACUGGAAGCCUCUGCCUCCCCGCUGCAGCUCGAAGCGCACACCGCGGCUCCGCCUCACACUUCAGGCGCACAAUGGCACCAUAUCACAAAGAAUUUGACGUGGCCGGCCAGAAGCCGGGCCUCCAGGUGUGGAGGGUGGAGAACUUUGACCUGGUGCCUGUUCCUGAGAAUCUGUACGGCGGUUUCUACACCGGCGAUGCCUACCUCAUUCUGAACACCAUCAAACAGCGCUCCGGAAACCUGCAGUAUGACCUCCACUUCUGGUUAGGCGAUUCCUGCACCCAGGAUGAGAGCGGCUCAGCUGCCAUCUUCACCGUCCAGAUGGACGACUUCCUGGGAGGACAACCGAUCCAGUACCGUGAAGUCCAGGGACACGAGUCCAAAACCUUUUUAGGAUACUUCAAGACUGGAAUCAAGUACAUGAAAGGGGGCAUUGCAUCUGGGUUCAAACAUGUUGUCACCAACGAGGUGGUCGUGCAGCGGGUGCUCCAGGUGAAAGGUCGUCGCUCUGUCCGGGCAACAGAGGUGGCGGUCUCUUGGGACAGCUUCAAUCAGGGAGAUUGCUUCAUUCUGGACCUGGGGAAUGAAAUCUACCAGUGGUGCGGCUCCCAGAGUAACCGCUUUGAAAAGCUGAAGGCAACUCAGGUCGCCAAGGGUAUCCGUGACAACGAGCGCAGCGGGAGGGCCCGUGUGUAUGUGUGUGAUGAGGGGAUGGAGAGAGAGAAGAUGUUGGAGGUUUUAGGCCCGAAACCAGAUCUGCCUGCAGGAACCGUAGAUGACGUGACAGCUGAUGCUUCAAACCGGAAGAGGGCCAAACUCUACAAAGUGUCCAAUGCCAGCGGAGACAUGACCAUUGCUCUGGUGGCAGCAGAGAAUCCGUUCUCCCAGAGUGCCUUGGAAUCUGGCGACUGUUUCAUCCUUGAUCAUGGCUCCGAUGGCAAAAUUUUCGUCUGGAAAGGCAAAGAUGCAAACAUGGACGAGCGGAAGGAAGCCCUGAAGGCUGCAGAUGGUUUCAUCAAGAAAAUGGGUUAUCCCAAACACACUCAGGUCCAGAUCCUGCCAGAGAUGGGCGAGACACCACUUUUCAAGCAGUUCUUCAAAAACUGGCGGGACAAAGAUCAGACUGUGGGCAUGGGUGUGGCCUACAUCGCCAACAGCAUCGCCAAGAUCGAGAAGGUGCCGUUUGAUGCCGCCUCCCUGCACGACUCUCCCGCCAUGGCCGCCCAGCACGGCAUGGUGGAUGAUGGCAGCGGAGAGAAACAGAUCUGGCGCAUUGAAGGAGCUGAUAAGGUACUGGUGGACCCGUCCACACAUGGACAGUUCUACGGAGGAGACAGCUACAUCAUCCUGUAUAACUACAGUCACGGAGGUCGCCAGGGUCACAUCAUCUACAUGUGGCAGGGGAUGGACUCCAGUCGGGAUGAAAUUGGGGCUUCAGCCAUCCUGGGGGCCCAGCUGGAUGAAGAGCUCAGCGGUGGUCCUGUGCAGGCUGUUGGUGCUCCUAUAACCACUCAGGUGAGGGUGGUUCAGGGUAAAGAGCCGGCCCACUUGAUGAGUCUGUUCGGAGGAAAACCCAUGGUGGUGUACAAGGGAGGAACGUCCAGAGAAGAAGGUCAGUCUGCUCCUGCAGACACUCGACUUUUCCAGAUUCGCUCCAACUCUGCAGGACACACCAGAGCCGUGGAGGUGGACGCAGUGGCCUCAAACCUGAACUCCAACGAUGCUUUUAUUCUGUGCACUCCCGGAGACUCCUUCCUAUGGGUGGGUCAGGGAGCCAGCGACACGGAGCAACAAGGUGCCCAGCAGCUGUGCAGCAUCCUGGAAGUGUCGCCCUCUGAGCUGUCUGAAGGAGGAGAGACCGAUCAGUUCUGGGAGGCCCUGGGUGGGAAGGCCACGUACCGCACAUCUACCAGACUGAAGGACAAGAUGGACGCCCACCCACCGAGACUCUUCGCCUGUUCCAAUAAGACCGGAAAUUUCAUUAUUGAGGAGGUUCCCGGGGAGAUGACCCAAGAAGACCUGGCCACUGAUGAUGUCAUGAUCCUGGACACCUGGGAGCAGGUGUUUGUGUGGAUCGGCAAUGAGGCCCAGGAGGAAGAGAAGACUGAGGCCAUGGAGUCUGCGGUACGUUACAUCGAGACGGAUCCUGCCAACCGUGACCCCCGGACGCCCAUCGUGAAGAUCAAGCAGGGCUUCGAGCCGCCCACGUUCACCGGCUGGUUUCUGGGCUGGGAUCACGACUACUGGACCGUCGACCCUCUGGAGCGAGCCCUGGCUGAUCUGGCCAUGUGAACGACCUCCCCCACACACACACACACAACCCUCUAACACUUACCCAUCCAGCCUGACCUUUGACUCCUGCAGCUCCGCCGCACGCACUGAGCUCCAAUCAUAAGACUGUUAGCAGCCAGAACACCCUCACGUUUUUUUUUUUUGUUUUUUUUUUUAAAUCAGGGUGAUAAAUAGGCAGCGAUUUAACACUCUGCUCCUCAGACUACAGUCAUACUUUUUAGCCAAUAGAAAUGGCGGUUUAGUGGAUACUUCCUGUAGAAUUUUUGCACUAAACAGUCUGCUUCUGCAAUUUUAAUAUAGGCAAUUUCUUGUUUCACAUUUUCACUCAUAGGAAAAUAAAUAAUUAAAAAUAAACACUUACGACUGCCAUGAACGCAACAUCUAAGAAUGCAAGACAAGCGGUGCCUUAAUAUUUAGUUUACAGUGUGCCUGUUGUUUCUUUGAGGUACUGUUGCUGUUCAUGGAUGGAUCUGAAGUCCACUGAAGAUACCUUCAAUGAAAGGACCCUGUUUGCAUAUUUAUUUAAAAACAAAAGUUCACACCCAGAAAGCUUGUGUGUUGCACCAGUAACCAAUUUUCUCAGCGAACUGAUGCUUUGCAAAUCUUCUGUGAGACUCUCAGGUUCCCCUCAGCCUUCAAUAAAACCACAUAAGACA